AUGCGACUCAUCAAUGUACAAACACUACAACUAACUGAAUUCCUCGAUGCGCGCCAGCGGCCGAAGUAUGUUAUUGCCUCUCAUCGCUGGGCCCCGGAUGAAAGCAGCUUCAAGGAUCUUAGGAAAGGCCGCAACAAGCACUAUUCCGGAUACAAGAAAAUCGAUGGAUUUGCCCAGUACAUCCGUCAAUCUUACCCAGCGAUAGAAUGGCUCUGGAUAGACACAUGCUGUGUCAAUAAAGAAAGUGAUGCAGAACUGUCGUAUGCCAUCAACUCAAUGUUCGAUUGGUAUCGGAAUGCCGAAGUCUGUGUCGCGCGACUUGGGAUCCUGCCAAGUAAUUACACGCCUGAACAAUUGAAGCAAGACCAGUGGUUCUGGAGGGGCUGGACACUUCAGGAGCUGCUCGCGCCGCGCGUCGUAGUGUUCGUAGACCACGACUGGCGCGCCAUUGGACACAAGGGUAUCGGAUCUCAGGGUACAGGGCCAAAUAUAGCCAAGGCGAUCGCCUCGAUCACUGGAAUCUCGGAGGCAGUGCUGGGAGAUUGGGGAGCAAGUGUGAACCUGCGCCUCGAAGAGAAGAUGAAAUGGAUGACUAACAGGGACACAACCCGGGAAGAAGACAUGAUUUAUGCCUUAUUUGGCAUCGUAGGUGUCUCGAUGAGCGUCAUAUAUGGCGAAGGAAAAGACCGCGCCUCCGCCCGUCUGGUCGCAGCUAUU